UGCUGCUAUUGUGUGGGGUCUGUCUGUGUUUGUAAACCUUUGUUGUGGAAUAAGUGCACUUUUGCCCAAGACAAAUUUCCAUUAAAGUAUAUCUCAUCUCAUCUCACAUCUCACAUACAGCAUCUCAGAGCUGCUAGCACUACUGGGGAGCCUCCACUCUCACUUAUCAGGACCUUUCACAACCACAGUUUGAGGAUAAGGUCUUUUUGAUACCUGAAAUCUAAAUAAAUAUUCUUUUUCAGUUAGUGAACGGAAUCAACAAAAAGAGAAGAAAACCUGAGGUACUGGACCCAGCCACACAGAGUCACUCUUUCCCCAACAUGAUCGGAUCUGAGUUCUCCACAGGUGUGACUCCUGAAGGACAGACUGCUGGGACCUAGAAAAAAGCACAAAAGGGAUCAGGAACUGCGAUGACAACAGGAGUUUUUGUGAAUAAAUGACAAUUUUCCUGUAAAUUAAACAUUCCAAAGCAAAUGAUAAUUACAAUGAAUAAAAAAGGACUGAAUUAGCUAUGUUUGCUACAGACAUAUUGUGCAACAUAUACAAAGAGUUCAGUGUGGUAGUAGUGACUCUAUAAAGUCUAUGAGUCCUUAAGGCUGGUUGGCACAAGACAUAAAACAUCAGAGACAAAAAAGAAGCAGCAGCUGCCAGUAAGAUAGCUGUGUCAGGCCUUCCUCUGAGAAACGACUCGGCACUUUUGAAAACCGGACAUUUUAAUAUUUAAUGUGAAUCUAAAAACAACUUUAAAGUGUGUGCUUGUGCUUGUGCUUGUCCGGGUUGCAAACGAGUCAAACUUGUUUCUAAGAUAAGAUAAGAUCCAAUAGGAUAUGAUAAGAAGAACUUUAUUGAUCCCCAGAGGUCAAUUAAAUAGUAAUAGGAAUCAUAAUUGUAGGUUCUUUACCUGUUUUUAUUCAGUUCUGGUCUGCUUACCACGCUGGACGUUACGCAACAUAAGCUGUAGAAGCAUGACAAGCAAUCAUUUUAUAGAGCUACUGUAUGUCUUUUCCAUAUAAGACUAGGCCAUGAUGUGGAUGAUGUUGAACAUUAUACAAGUUAACGGUGUUCGAAUUUAUGAGCCGCUCCAAAUUUCUCCUGCCUUUCCUCAGUUGGACUGAUUGCCUUGUUCACAAGUUUUCCAAAAUCAUCACAAUAAUAUGCUCAUUGUGAUAUUUCAUGGACAUUGUAACCAUAAGGUGAACAUCUGAUAUUGUGACAGCCCCAAUCCAAAGAAAAGUUGGAUGGACAAUUCCAUGUGAACACACACAUAUAAAUUUAAUAUUGUCGGGAGAGCUCAGCUUCUUACUUGUAUUCUGACAAACAAAGCAUACUAAUAAAUAAAUGCAACAAUAAUAAAAUAUUACAAUUAUCAUGAAGCAGUUUUCACCCUAUAAACUCACAUGAAAAUGUGCUCUAAUUAUCAAAACCAUCACUGUAUUUCAACUAGUGAAGACAAAACUGUUCCAUGAAUGUAGUAAAAAGAGUGACGAGAUCUCAUAUAUCAGGUACCAAUAGCAUGAUCAACAUGGGUUGAUCAUGUCUUUUUUUUUUCAGUAGCCUACAGAUGAAACUUAUCCAAGUUUAAAUGAACGGAAGUGAUUCAGGAUUCAGCAGAAGUAAUUACCGUAAUUACUGAAAAAAUGACUCUUACACUCAAAAACAUGUUUUUAUUGACCUGCUCUGUGGUGACACUCUCUUUUGAAGCAGGUCAUAGUAUCCUAGCUAUGACCUGUUUAGUUAUGUUGAGUGGGUUACAGUUGCCCCGGUCUCUCCUCAACUGUAACCUGAUUUAAGUGUGGUCACGUACGCGGUCAGUCAUUAUAGUACCUGUGCUCGGGGGGGUGUCCGACUUGUCCAGUCUGGGUGAGCUGCUCACAUGUCUGAUUGGAGGUUUUCUUGGCAGGCGUCCUUGACAGGAGGCUGAAGUUAAACUGGGUCUGCAGACACUAUGAGAUCUGAAUCCAAUCCAAACUCUCUGCAGAACACAUCUGCUCCUUGCUGCCAUCUUUAAACACGGAGGGUUUAUUUAACCUGUCUGAAACAUGAGGCACGAAGAUCAGAGUGUCCGGCUGACUGACUGAAGCACACGGAGGUUCGUACUCAUAAACUCUCCCUGAUGCGGUGUUCAAUACUAAGCUCCAGAGCGCUGAGACCCGCACCCGCACCGACAGAGUAUGGGCAACACGGUUAAAAAGAAUCUUUCGCUGUCACCUCCUCUGGUCCCGAUCCCACCUUGAAAGAGUCUGUGUCAUAACGAGGAGUUUUCAUAACUAAAGUGGACAUGCAUGGAAAUAUCAACGGGUACUAGGCAAGAGGAUGUGACGUCAGGUCGCCUUCAGACAAGAGUAAUCGAUCUGCCACAUUAACAUCGGCGGUCUGUCAGCGCUGUAAAUCGACGUGUGUACCAGUGUAAGCAGUUGGCUAUGUCCGGCUGCAGGCUGAUGAACGCCAUCCGAGUCAGUGAGUUUGGUGCCCCGUCGGUGCUGAGACUCUGCACAGAUGUGGCUGUUCCUCAGCCCGGGCACAGACAGGUGAGCUAACUUCAGCUGAGCAGGUGGAGCUGACAGCAGGUCAAAGUUCAGCCAUGGUCAAAACACAACCUGCCUGCAGGCUACCUGUCAUUUGAUUUCAAAGCUGCUAUUCGCUCCCAAGUCAUUUGAAACUCUGGAUAUAGCAGAUGGAUGUAGCACUCUUCUAUGACAUGUAUGUGUUUUAGGUGUUGGUGCAUGUUCAGGCCUGUGGGGUGAAUCCUGUUGAAACUUACAUCCGGUCUGGGUCAUACGCUCGUAAACCUGCUCUGCCAUACACACCAGGCUCAGAUGUGGCUGGAGUGGUGGAAACUAUUGGAGAAGGAGUCAGCACUUUGAAGGUUUAGAUUAAAAUCUCUUUUUCUUAAACUAUUACAAUGGUUGCUAUGCUGUGCAUUUACAGCUAAAUAUAGCAAUGAAAGCACAAACUGAACCGGUAACAGCUGGUGUAUUUAUUUUUAAGGUCACAAAGAGACAUCAGUGUUAAUUUUAGUCUGUUUCAUACUGUGUAUUAUUGUUUUCCAGGCAGGAGACCGAGUAUUCACCACCGGCACAGAGUCUGGAGGUUACGCAGAGUAUGCCAUAGCAGCCGUCAACUGUGUGCACAAACUGCCUGAUGCCUUAGAUUUCACUCAGGGUGCAGCCAUUGGGAUCCCUUACUUUACUGCCUACAGAGCCCUGAUUCACAAGUAAGACCAAGACACCUCUAGGGUUUGCUUUGUUAUUAUAAAUGUUUAAACUAAAAUAACAUAAUAUGUUGUGCGCAGAGGCCAUGCCAGAGCUGGAGAGACUGUCCUCAUCCACGGAGCCAGUGGAGGCGUAUGCACUUUUUUCACUAUAUAUAUAAUCUUAACGUAAAACAAAAAAGAAAUGCUUUUUCAAAUUGAGUCACAGUGUGUAUGUGUGUAUGUGUGUGUCUAGGUUGGUGUUGCAGCUUGCCAGUUGUCUCGAGCUCUGGGACUGAAGGUGUUUGGUACUGCAGGGACACCAGAGGGCAUGAAAGUUGUCCUCAAUAAUGGAGCUCACUCUGCCUUUAAUCACAGAGAGGAGGGUUACACAGAUAAGAUCAUGGUAUAUAAAAACAUAUGUGCACACAGCCUUACUUUUAUCUCUGUAGUCUCAAAAACCUUACAUAUACAGAGUUCAUCCAUUUCUCUGUGUUCAUGUGUGUUUGGUACAGGAAGCCACAGAGGGCAGAGGCGUAGAUGUGAUUGUGGAGAUGCUCUCAAAUGUCAACCUCAGUAAAGACCUUCAGAUGUUGGCCUACGGUGGGCGUGUUUUGGUCAGUACAACUACAGUUCAGUACAGAUGUUAAAACCAUUAGUGCUUUCAUAUGUUACAGCAUAUCAUCAUUAUGGAACUACAAUAUCAUAAUCAUCAUCAGCUAAAUGCCACAGUACCAAGGGCUUAGUUGUUCACAAAGUGCUAGGUCAAAAAGUCUCAGUCGUAGAAGGGGACUGUGUAGAUCAAAGUGGUUGUUUCAAUAUUUCUACCACUGAGCAAAACACAGUUAAAGAGCUGAGCUGAAGUGCAAAGGUGUUACCUAAACAGCUGAGUCUUAAGCUUAAUCUAAAAAGCAGACUCUGUGGAUCUGAUGGAGUCAGGAAAACAGAGGAGGAGAGUCUGGAUAGUGACUCAAGGUCCUAGACUGCUGUGUUCUGGAUCAUCUGCACAGGUUUGGCUGUGCAGUGAGGAGCUGCAGUCGUCAAUGUACAAUGUUAUGAGAACCUUUACCUUAUAUUAUGAGGACCUGUACAGGUGUCUGAUCCUCCUGAUGUUAUAGAGGACAAAUCAACAGGACUGAGCAAUGGAGGCUGCAUUAACCUGAAAGAUUAGCUGGUCAUCAGUUGUAACACCUAGAUUCCUGGUAGUCUGACUGUAGUGAGUAUGAUUUCAUUUGAGCUGGAUCUUGAUCUGUGGCUAUAAGGAGGGACUGGCUAGAAUGACAAGAGCAUUGGACAGGCUGAGCUUAAGGUGGCGAUCCUUCAUCUAUUGAGAAAUAUUAGUGAGACCUUAUGAAGACUGAUACACUCGUGCCAACUGGUGGAAAUGAGAGGAAGAGCUGUGUGUCAUCUGCAUAGCAGCAAUGAGAAACCAUGAGAUUGAAAAAUGGCUCGCAAACAUUAUUAGAUAAGACACCCAGGCUGGAGGACACAUUAUUAAUGUAGCUAGUACUGAGGGUAGGGGUAGUAAAGACAGUCAUGUAACUGCAGAAAUUUGCAGAAACGCGAAUUUUCGUUAUUCGUGCAUAUGGUGCUCAAUUUGCGUGAAUAAGCAUCGCACUAACUUGCUACUCACUUCAAAUGCCUUUGUGUGCGAAAAUAUCUCAACUCAAAUUAAUGUACGUGUCAGCAUGGGGAUACUCCAGUGACAUAUGUUAACAACAGACUGGCAGAGAUUCACUCAUGAAUAAUAGAGGAUAAACCGAUCAGACAGUAUGCAGCCACCUGAGCUGUAGGAUAAGACUUAUCUGUGACACUGAGACAGUAAAAAAAAGAGCUCUAGUGGGGAAAGAGAGUGAGGAGCUCUGAUUAUCUGCUAAGUUAUUUGAACUUAUCAUAUCCUCACAGUGUGGUCAACCUCUCCCAUAAUCACAUGUGUGUUUGGAGUAGGACUGGGUAUUGCCACUGAUUUCCUGAAUCCAUUCGAUUCAAUUUCUGAAUCGAUUUGAUUCAAUAUUGAUUCAUUAAGGGGUAUUUCAAUUACAGUACCUGUUUUGCUUGAAUAUAAAAGGGAGUCUUAGAGAACUAAUAACAGAAAUUAUACUUUUAAGUUGAAUUAUUAAUCAGAAAUCUUCUAACAAGGCACAACAGUUUCCUUAUUGUUUAUAGUAUCUACAGUAUAUCCCAGUGUAGCUCGUUUUAGUAUAUUUCUGUAAAUUUUUUGUCCUUCCUUUCAGGUUGUUGGCUCCAGAGGCCCUAUUGAGAUCAACCCCAGAGACACCAUGGUCAAAGAGAGCAGCAUCAUUGGAGUAGUCCUUUACUCCGCUACACCGGUACAUAGCAGUGCUGUCACAUAAAAGUAAUCAAUUACAAACACAAAGGAGAUGCAGUUGUUCGGUUCAAAGUGUACAUACAGUACAAUUUAGACAAUACACAUGAUCAUUUAAUGAGUGUUACCUGUGUAACACUGCACUAAAUGAGAGUAAUAGAUGCUUUUCAAGCUAAUGUGAUAAAUUGUAGUGUAAAAAAAAAAGCAAUCAAAAAUGGAGUGUUAUCUGCUGUUUUUAGUAACAUUUCUAGUGAAACACAAUUUUCCCAUCAUAGUUUAAAGCUCUUGUGAGGAACUUUCUGUUUGUGUUGACUUUGGCGUCCUCUGUGGACAAAGUCACAACUCUUACAUCAUUGCUGAUUCAGUCUGUUCUUUGUGUAAGUGUUGUUAUGUGACAAAGAAAGAUUCUCCUGUGGUCUUUAUACAGUCAAAUCUAUCAAUCACUGUCAAUCUUUGCUUUUGGAGAAGUAACAAAGGCUGUUUCUCCAGAGUACCUAUCGCCUCACAGAAGUUACAGGCUGAAAAUCUGCAGUAUAGGAAUUUUUAAACUCCAGUAUAUUGUAGUCAUUUUUGUUAUAGCAGACGCAUGUAACACCUGUAACAUCUGCUGAACAUAGGAGCAGUCAGAAAAAUCCCCAAAAAACCGCAGGCCUCUGUUCCUAGCUCCUUAUUCCUUUCCUCGACACUGUGACAUUUAAAAGCAGGGCUGAGAAAAGGUGGAUAUGAAAGGUUAAUUUUUGGUGUUGGGGCUAAUUUUUUUAACAUCCCCUUAGACUCUGCCACACUUAAAUGAACAUGGAGGAAUAUUCAUGUACAUUCCCUCUCCCCAGGAGGAGUCCAGGGAGUGUGCAGCACUGCUCUAUGCAGGGAUGGAAGCUGGUUGGCUGAGACCAGUUGUCGGCUCCAAAUACCCGCUGGAGAAAGCUGCUGAGGCUCACCGUGACAUCAUUGAGUCUCCUGGAGCUGCUGGGAAAAUGGUUUUGACCAUGUGAAGAUGUGAUCCGAUCAAUUUGCAUGAAGUAGGCAACACUUCAAGAAGCAAAGCAGUGUUUUUUAUGAUUACUGAAAUGACGCUGUUUGACCUCAUUCAUCAUCACUGCCAAUAUGAGAAAUGUACAAAAGAUAUGAUAAUAAAUUGAUCACAUAUGUUUUCUGUGAGCCAGAAUCAACACUGUGCCUCAUUCAGUAA